UUCCUGACCUGUCGUUGGGUUGUCUGCCAUCUUGCCAACAUGAAGGAUUUAUACUGGAGUCUCUUGGUUCUCUGCAUCAUAUCGACCGCAGCAGGUGUGGAGGUGGUGGGUCCUGAUGGUCCUGUAGUCGCUGUGGUUGGUGAAGACCUGAUCCUGCCUUGCUCCCUAAAUUCCAGCACCAGUGCAGCGGAUGAUGAGGUGACGUGGCUGAUUGGGACUAAAAUUGUGCAUCAUCACAAAAAUCGCCAGGACUUUACUGACCAGCAGCUCCCAGCCUACAGAGGGAGGACCAGUCUGUUCACAGAGGAACUGCAGAGAGGAAACCUCUCACUGAAGAUCAGAAAUGUCACACUCUCAGACGCAAACACAUACCGGUGUUACAUCGCAACUGACACUAUGCCUGCUGAGGUGACAGUGUCUGUCACAGUGGAGACUGUGGGCUCCACUCCGGUCAUCUCUGCUGAGGGUCUGGGGAACGGCAGUGCGCGUCUGCAGUGUGAAUCCUCAGGCUGGUCUUCUGAGCCCCAGGUGGAGUGGGUGGACAGUGAGGGCCGGAGUCUCCCAGUUGAUCCCCCAUGUAUCCAAAGGUUCCCUGAGGGGCUCAGAGUGAAGAGCUCAGUCACUGUGGAGCAGAGUGACGGCAGCAACUUCCUCUGCAGAGUGACAAGCCCAGGACAGACCAGAGAAACGCGGGUAGAAGUCCCACUUCAAGGUACCUCAAGAUGGGGCUAUUGUGCUGAUUGCAGCAGUGGCAGUUGCCUUUGGCCUGAUCGACCCCAGUUUGAUCAUACGAGGCACUAUUAUUGGAUAAUGGCUCCAUUUGGGCUGUUAAUACUCAUUCUACUAAUUAUAAUUGGAUGUCAAAGCCGUGUGAUAUCUGGCAUGUCCCAAGAGCUACUCUCUCAGCCCUUUCCUGAAACGAGCGCUGAUAACAUGAAGAUCAAGUGGAACAAUGAAGAAGCCCGCGUCUACCUGUAUAAGAAUGGUCAUGUGAUCGAGAGGAGCGGCACAGUGAGUGAUCUGCAGGAGGGAGAAAUCUCUGUGAGACUGAGACGCAACGUCAUGGCAGAAGUGGGCAAUCAUGAACAGACAAACAAUGGAACCAACGGCCUAUGAAGACUUCAUAGAUUCAGCCAUCAAAGAAUCCCCUGUGGAUUCCCCCAAGUUCUUGUUUUAAAAGAAUGUGUAUAUGUAUAUAUUUUUAAAG